CGCCACUCGCGAUAACUCGCGCGUUUGGUCAGCAGCAGCUGGGCGGAAAAGGCGGGAGAAGACUGCCGCUUCCGCGUCCGCGCAACACGGGCAGAAGAUCACUGGGGCAAAAUGGACGAUAAGUUGAUAUUAGCUGUAUUUAAUUGUCCGGAGCUGUACAAUGUCACUUUACCGAAUUACCGCUGCACGGAAAGUAGAGCAAAUGCGUGGAGAAACAUCUCUAUGGUACUUGGACUCACAUCUGAGGAUUGCAAAAGGAAAUGGAAGAACAUGAGGGACCGGUACCUGAAGGAAGUCCGAAUGGAGAACAAAAGCAAGAAGCAAGGGGAGAUUUUUCAAAGCAGGUGGAAGUACAGACAACUCAUGAACUUUAUCGCACCCUUCACUGGAUCGAGAAGUGGAGAGCCAGACAUCUCUGGCAACAACGAUGACCACGACAAUCUCGACAACGAAGCUGUCAGCCCAGGAGGAGAAACUGCAUCAUCAGAGACGAUGAAGACAUCGCAGUCCCAUGCGAGGUCUUUGAGUCAACAGGAAGUCAAGCCACAGGUAGCGUAUGUGACACAGCUCCCUCAAGAUCCCUCAUCCCACACACAGCUGGCUGCUGCAGCGAAGGCGCCAUCAGGCUCCUCAAACACCAACAAAAGAAAGCGGCAUCUCAUGCCCGACUCACAUUCACUGAAUUCUUCUCAAAUGCCCCCCACCAAGUGGCUGGUGAAAGACAAUGGCGCCUCAUUUACAAACAGGCCGAGGGAUGAGGACGAACUCUUUCUGCUGAGCUUUGUCCCCGCUCUGAAGCGACUCGCUCCACAGAAAAGAUGCGAGACAAAAAUGAAGAUCCAGCAGAUAAUGUACGAGGCAGAGUUUAAUGUCCCACAGCCAGAACCUCAAGAGAAACAAGCAGAACCGGACGCCCAGGAUUAGACUGAACUGACUCUUUUAACUUAAUUUUCUAAAAAAAACUCUUCCACACAAAGGUGAAAAAAAGAAUCUAUUUUUGUUAUUUACUGCCGAAAGUGGUUGAGUUUGAGGUACGUCCCCUUUUUCAUGUGAAAUAAUGUACGGUCUACAUUUACUGUUUUUCAAAGGAUCUCAGUAUUAAGCAAGUUGUUACAGUUAUUAACACCUCUCUUGUUCAGCGGGUUAUUAUUUGCUUUUUAUACCCAAGUUCAGACUGAGCUGAAGAAGGAAGCCCUUCUGGAAUGACAUAUCAACAGGACAACAUACAGACUCUGAAUAGCAUUAACAUUUAUUUACAUAGCUCCACUGUCACGCUUAGAAAAGCUCUUUAAUAAUCAAUCAGCCAUUGUUCAUUUGUUUCUCUGUAAUAAUCUACAUUAUUUUAGAUUUUAAUUACAGUAAAAAUACAGAAAUUAAACUUCUAACUUUACAAGAUGGGAAGGAACACUGUUUCGGAGAUUCAUUGUACAACUGUUAACAUGCAUCAACAAGUAUUUUUCAACUUCUGUCAAAUAAAACAACAAUGUAUGACAUUG